AUCACUUCUCUCCCAAAUGUUUCUUCAAAUUCAUUCAUUGAUGGAAACAGAAAUGAAUCUUCAUCGACAAAUGAAAAUUAAUCAGGGGUUUUGCUUCUUCUGAUUGAUGCUGCCUCUGAUAUAAAUGCAUUCAUUGGUGACGAAUGCAAAGAUGAUAAUGAAGGCGCCAACUGGUAGUUUAAAGGGCUAAUUCAGUACUACAAUGACACCUUAACCCCACAAUAAGAACCCUUUAUUUUAUACUACUUGCUGCUCUGAUUGUCCUCAGAAUGUUUGACAGUAACAACAACCGGUAAAAAAAAACCGUCGUCUGAUGUGGAAGUUUUCCCAAACUGGAUGGAAUCGAACCGUUGCAGUCAGAAUCGAACCAAACCCGACAGGGGAAUGGGUUUGAUUUGAAAAUAUGAACCUCCAAGUGGGACCUGGCUUGCCCUUUCUAGCCUGCAAGCUCCAUUGAUUGAUUGUCUAGUCUCGUGUUUAAGGUAUGAAUUAGACGAACCAUCUGAAAAACGUACCUUCUCCAAAACAGAGGAAAUUAAAGAUUCUUGCUGGCCAGCGACGAUUCAAAUUUCAAUUCCCUGAGACAAAUUUCAAUACCUUCUUCUUCUUGGGAUAAGAUAAACAUCACGCCACCAUCUCCCCUCUUCAACAUUUCACGCGAAUGCGACCCUCCUCUGCCCAUCAAUGGCGCGCCCAGUAACAGAGGUAAAACUAGCUAAUUACCUUUUUCCCCCUCCCCUGCUUCUUCUUUCUUCCAAACAGAAGCAAAGUUAGAAACUUUAGCUGGAUUUCAUUUCUGGGUCUUGUCUGGAAAAUCCUUCGCUUGUGUGAUUUCAGUGAAAAAUGGUUGCCUUUUUCCCCCUGUUGGCGAGAAUCCGUUGUGCAUACGGAUUCGUGUGCUCUACUCUGCUCAUGAGAUUGAUUUCCUCUGCAUGUCCUUUUAUGUUCCCCCCCAAUUGAUAGGGCAACGAGCAAUCAUGGAGCUCGAGUGGGUGGCCACUUGGGCUGCAAAUCAUGAACUUGAGACUUCGAGUGACGGAGAUCAGCAGAAAUCAGACCAGCCGUCGUCUUCCGCCGUCGUCCAGCUUCUCCUCUCUGUCUUCCUCAAAUCUCGACACCGAGUCUACGGCGUCUUUCUUCCAAGACAACAGCGUGUCCCUGGGGAGGCUAAUUGGGUUCCGGCAAGCUGUCCCAAGAAGGACCGUAGUAGCUGCGGCGGCGACGACGAGGGGGGCGGGAGAUGGGUGUGGAGAAGGAUCAAGAGGAGAUGGGAGAGUAGGAAUUAUGUCGGCGGCGGCGGAGGGAAAAGGAGGGAUCUGCAUUCCUUUGAUACUAAGUACUAUUGAGAAGAUCAGAAGAUCCAAGGAGAGAGGCCGAGUUAGUUGAUUUCUUGUUCUUUGUUCAUGCUUUGUGGUCUGUUCGUGCUGUUGUGGAAAAGAACUGAAGGGUGUAUGAGUUUUGAUUGAUUCCAUUGGCACCAUAAAUGGUCUGAGAUUAAAAUGAUUCGAUUUAC